UGUCCCUCUAAUCCUCAUCAAAAAAAAAAAAAACUUGUCAGCUCUUAUAUUUCUCUUUAGCUAUUUGGGGUGGCUUGUACCCAAUUCUGGAUCUAUCGAAUAUAUGAAACCCAGUUUUUCCUUGUAAUUUCUGCAUUCUUAGAUUAGAGCCCUAACAUCUUGAUUCAUCUCUUCUGCAAUUGAAUCUCUUUCCCAACGUCCAUUUGUUCUACAUCUCUACCCCUUACUAAGCAUAAGAUUUGAAAGAGAUACCUGUCGGAAAAUGAAAGAGUUUGACGGUGAAGAUGUAGUGGAGCAAAUCCUAUCAAUUCUGCCACCCAAAACUCUGAUGCGAUUCAAGUGUGUCUCUCAAAGGUGGUAUGCUCUGAUCACUAGUCCCAGGUUCGUUGCCCAGCACAUCUACAAUUCCAUGCACAACAAUCUCUCCACUAGUGUUCUUAUGAAACGUGAAGUCCAGAAGGACACCAACACUGACGAGACUGAAGAGUUGUUCUCAUUCCUUCAUUUUCGAAAUGAUGAAGAUAAUGAUGUUGAUGGCGUGCAUGACGAGCAUAGUGUUCUUUCUAGUAUCCAGGAAUUCCAUAUUCCGUUUCCUACCGGUGUAAAGACUCCGAACGAAUCGCUUAUAAUUAUAGGCCACUGUAACGGGAUCAUUUGUCUAGCUCAAGCAGUAUCUGGUGAGGUGAUUUUAUGUAACCCAGCAAUUCAUGAAUAUAAGCUUCUUCCACCCUCUCCACACCUUCCAGAUUCCGAUUGGCCAUGUAGCCCCUUAUUCCGGUUCAGAGAUGGUUUAGGAUUUGGACACGAUCCGAACUUUAACGAACAUAAAGUUAUUAACAUUGGAUUUCCUGCUCCAGAAUUAUCUACACCUGAUGGAUUUAACAUUUAUAAUCCUCCCAAAGCAGCUGUCUACACCCUUGGUACUGAUUCUUGGAGAGAGAUCAGGACUGAUUCUUUAGAAACAGAAACUACCAUUCUUUGGCCCGAACAUUUCCAGAUGCACUUCAAGGAUAUGUGUUUUUGGCGGGGACAUGAGCAACAUAAGGAAUUGGAUGUGUACGAUGCCCGCAAGGAGGAAUUCAUUAGGGACGUUAUCAUUAUGUUUGAUACUGGGGAUGAGCUGUUUCAUGGUAUAAUCUUACCCGAUGAAUUUUAUUUUCCAUUAAAGAAUUAUUUUGGUGGGCACCUUUUAGUGUGGAAGGACUCUGUUGCUCUUUUGGGAAGACAAUUUCGUGAACUAUCCUUUGGAAUAUGGGUGAUGGAUGAAUUUGGUGGUCCUAAUGGUGGUGCUUGGACAAAAUACGUAAGUUUUGAGCUCCCUGUGGAACCGUUGAUCUUUUGGAAGAGCGAGGAGGUUCUUUUGAAUGAUUAUAACGGGACUAAGUAUAGCGGACUUAUAUUCUCUUAUAAUCUCGGUACCAAAAAGCUUAAAAAUCUUCCCAUUCAAAGCAAGCGGACUGACUCUACUGCUGUUGUGCAUGUGAACAGCAUAGUUUCAGUCUUGGGAGGCAACAAACUCAACAGCAAAGAUAAUUCUACACUCAAUGCCGAUUUUUCUGUAUUCAAGUACUCUUCUCCACCAGUCAGUCAUUAUAUGGUUGACAAGAAAACUUACUCAUAUUCGGUGUGGGCAAUCCCAUCAGAUGAUGUGUCUCUUAGGAUUAAGAAAGUGAUGAAGGGAUUGCGGACCGAAUUCGGCGGACCAGAGAUCGAUCCUCACAUUGCCGUCGUGGGGUCCAUUUGUAUGAAGUAUGAGGAUAUGCUCAACAAGUUUAGAUCUCUCCAGUCUAUUGUUAUUUCUUCAUACAAAGCUAAAGUUAAUCAGGUCGUUACUAGGAGUUCCUAUUUUCAAUGUGUUUCCCUCCUCAUUGAUUCAUCUUCCGAGGAGUUAUCGUUUGCAACUGGAGUCUGUGCUGCAGAAUUUAAUUUCUGGAACGAUGUUAGGCCACAUUUGAGCCUUCUUUAUGGGUACCUGACAGAAGAAGAGAGGAAAAAAGCUGAAGAAAAAGUUUGUAUUCUGGAUGAGAGCAUCAGCAGCUUGAGCUUCUCUGUAACUCGACUUGCACUGUACAAAAUUGACUACAAAGAUAUAAGUCUCAAAUCAUGGCAGAAGAUUGCUGAAUACCCCCUCCAAUUUGAGUAGUUAUAGCUCUUAAAUCUUAAUUCAUGCUUAUUAUUGUAAUCUAAGAUUCUGUCUCAGUAUUGUCUAGCAUGAUCAAUAUAAAUGGGACUCUUCUUCAA